GCUAAAGCUUCGGGGCAUUAUGUAUUGACAUCUCUCUCUAUCUCUCCUUUUCUUUUUCUCCCAAUAAGCCAAUAUGGAACCAAGCAGCUUCUCGUCUUCUUCAUCUUAAUCUUGAAGCUGCUUCUUUCCCUAUAACCUCCUUCUCCUUCUCCUUCUUCGCUUCAUUAUCGGUUUUCAAAUAUGGCUCAAUCUUGUCUUAAAAUUGUUCGGAUCAACAAUCUAAGGAACAGAGUGAAUCGUCGGAUUUUGAUUCUCCGACGAUUCACUCGUUUGUUAUGGAGCAGGAUCGUCGCUUGUACUCCUGGUAAAUCCAGGAGAUAUCUGUUGCUUUCUCGCGCUCUUCCUUCUCCCAUUGUUUCUCGUCCUUCUCCUUCUCCUCCUCCCAUCCCCGCCGUGGAUGUCAUUGAUGGCGGCGAGUUUGUUCGUCGUUCUUCCGUGGUUUAUGAUCACGAUAAUGGUCAUCAUCGGAGAUCGGAUUCUGAUCUUGUCUCUUUGAAGAUUAGUCUCUUAGGUGAUCCAGAAAUCGGAAAAACUAGCUUCCUGGCGAAAUAUGUUGGUGAAGAGAAAGAAGUGGAAAUGAUAGAAUUGGAGAAAGGGAUCAAUUGUACGGACAAGACGUUAUACAUGGGAGGAGCUCGCAUUUCAUAUAGUAUUUGGGAAUUAGAAGGGGCUGAGAGAUCAAGGGAUCAGAUCCCAAUGGCUUGCAAGGACUCUGUAGCCAUUCUCUUUAUGUUUGAUCUAACCAGUCGUUGCACGCUUAAUAGUGUGAUUAGCUGGUAUCAACAAGCUAGGAAGUCUAAUCAGACGGCGAUUCCAGUUAUGGUAGGAACCAAGUUUGAUGAGUUUAUUCAGCUUCCUAUUGAUCUGCAAUGGACUAUUGCUAGCCAGGCGAGAACAUAUGCGAAGGCGCUAAACGCGACGCUCUUCUUCUCGAGUGCUUCUUAUAACAUAAACGUGAAUAAGAUCUUCAAGUUUGUGACGGCGAAGCUGUUUGAUCUGCCAUGGACGGUGGAGCGGAACCUUACUAUCGGAGAACCAAUCAUCGACUUCUAGAAUCUUUUAUCUAAAAACGUGUUUUGUUGUAUAUAGAUAUAAAAGAAAGAAGCGAAAUCCAAAAAAGAAAGCGUAACGUACGUUUCGAAUUCUUUUAACCAUUACACUGCCAAGCUUUGCCGCCGUGUGGGAUUGAUCGGACCACCGUGUCUAGUCGUAUUUAAAAGCGAAAUGGAGGGAUGAGGCGGCGGAGAUUUCGCCCGCUUUCUCCAUUAUAUUAUCUGUUUCUUUCUUUUUUUAUAAACAAACAA